UGUCAAAAAUUUUCAUUCUUGUUCAGAGCGGAGCACUGUUAUUGUUGUGCCCGUGAAACGUAAAUCAGAGUUUUUCAGGUUGAAAUUGGCUGAAAUUCAGAACGAAAAUGUCGUUUCACCGACGUUGCGGCAAGCGUAUUACGCUGGCCAACAGCAACCGAACGGCGAUGCGGAACAUUAGCGAGUUUAAUCACGGGCUGGUACUCAGUGGAGAACCCCUUCAAGAUGAUGUGCUGUUCGAGGUGCGAAUCGACGAGAAGAUUCACGCCUGGAGCGGCAGUAUUGAGAUUGGUGUAACCACGGUUAAUCCGGAAACUACGGAACUGCCGCCAUGUGCGACGAAAUUGCGUAACGGGACGUGGGUAAUGUCUGGAAUUUCGGUGCUCAAAGAUGGGCUCUCACUGAUGGAGUACUACGGUUCAGAUCUGGACAAGCUGGGGGAAGGCGAUCGAGUUGGAGUACUGCGAACGGCUCAGGGCGAACUGAUUUUUUAUGUAAACGGAGAGUCACAGGGUGUGGCUGCUAUUGACAUUCCGAAGAAUGUGUACGCGUUAGUCAAUCUGUACGGGAAAUGCGUACAGGUUUCGAUCUGUCCUUCGGACAGCUUGGAGUAUGCCAACGAAAGUACGCAAAUUUCGCAAAAUAUAGAUAUUGCUAUGUCGGUGGAGAUGUCCGUGAGUGCUGCUGCCAAUGGUGGUGGUCCAUGCGUUUCCGGAACUGGACAAGAUGGGAUGGAUCCAAAUGAUAAGUUGCGGUUCCAUACUCGUUGUGGAUCACUGGUGAAGUUGAGUGCAAACUGUCGCACGGCGGAACGUCGUAGACCAUUGGAUGAAUUUAAUAAUGGGGUUGUUAUGACCCAUCGUCCCCUAAGGGAUAAUGAGCUGUUUGAAAUACGAAUCGAUCGAUUGGUGGAUAAAUGGUCGGGAUCGAUAGAGGUGGGUGUCACUACUCACUGUCCAUCGGCGUUACAAUUUCCAGCUACUAUGACCAACCUUCGCAGCGGAACGAUUAUGAUGUCAGGUUGUGGUAUCCUAACUAAUGGUAAAGGAACGCGCAGGGAGUACGGAGAGUUUAACUUGGAUGAACUGCGCGAGGGAGAUCGUGUAGGAAUGAUGCGUAAAUCGAAUGGUAAUCUUCAUUAUUACAUUAACGGCCGUGACCAGGGAGUGGCUGCGACAAGAGUCUCCCAAACUCUUUGGGGGGUGAUCGAUCUGUACGGAAUGACCAUCAAGGUGACGAUAGUGGAUCGUGAUGAACGAGAACAGCAGAACCUGGUUACAAGGCGUAACAAUCUGAUGAGUCUGCCCGUUUCCGAGCAAGAGUUGAUUCCUCCUAGCCCGGAAAUAGAUUACAGCCAUUCGGACCGGCUGUUGUUUCAUCCGACCUGUGGAUCCCAUGCCAGUGUCACUCACAGCGGACGGACGGCUUUGCGCCCAAAUGCAUCGGACGAUUUCAAUAAUGGCGUGGUUUUAACUCGUCGUACGUUGCGACCGAAUGAGAUGUUUCAGGUUCGCUUGGAGAGGGUUGUCACCAAAUGGGCUGGUUCUAUCGAGAUGGGUGUCACGACCCACGGUCCAACGGAGCUAGAUUUCCCAUUCACCAUGACAAAUGUUCGAUCGGGAACUUGGAUGAUGACCGGUAAUGGAGUGAUGCAUAACGGUAUGACCGUUAUUGAGCAGUAUGGACAGAAUUUAGACCGUUUACAGGUUGGUGAUCGCGUCGGUGUAGUUCGUAAAGACGAUGGGACGCUACAUUUUUGGGUCAAUGGAGUAGACCAAGGACCGGCGGCUUCUAAUGUUCCGGAAAAGGUGUACGGUGUAAUCGAUCUGUACGGUCAAGCUGCACAGGCCAGUAUUGUGGACACUUCAGAGUGCGGAACACCUGAUACAGGAAAUUCCACAAUCUCAAACACUACUUUGUUUAGUAGUGAACCAAAGCUGAAAUUUCAUUCGGUUCACGGUAAAAACGCCCGGAUUUCGAACGGAGGACUGACCGCUUCUCGUCCCAAGGCACUAGCAGAGUUUAACGAUUCUAUUGUUUUUAGCAACCGACCGCUAAGACAACGAGAGUUGUUUGAAAUCGUACUGGAAACGGUCGUUGAUCAGUGGAAUGGAAGUAUCGAGAUCGGUGUUACUGGGAUUCGCCCGGAUGAACUAAGCCUUCCGAGCACAGCAACUGAUCUCGAGCAUGACACUAUCAUGAUCUCCGGAACCACACUGAUGCGCAACGGUGUUACGAUUAGGAACGACCUUCCGUUCGAUUUGGAUACCUUGACAGCCGGAUCUCGAGUUGGGGUAAUGCGCAAUGGCGAUAACAUACACUUUUUCAUCAACGGAAUUGAUCAAGGUCCGUAUUACGAGUGUAAGGCUCUGAAUUUGUAUGCGGUCAUAGAUCUGUACGGUCAAUGCGCUCAGGUGAGCAUCACAACUCCACAGCCGGACAUUCGAGCUCCCUAUGCGAUCAGCGAGAACUCACAGAGCUUACAGGCGACCUCUGUAAUUCAGCCGGCGCUGGAGGCAAAACAUCGCUGGUCGUGUAUCUCCGGCAACGUUACUCUGAUGCAGAAUUGGACACUGGCUUCACGAUGCACAAACACAGCACUGUCACAUUGUUUAGUUUUCUCCGAGCGCCCUCUGGUAGUAGGCGAGACUUUUGAAAUUAAAAUCACUGAUAUAAACCCGUUGUACGCCGGUAGUCUAAAAGUUGGUGUCACAGAUCUUAAUCUUUCGGACGAGCAUGUUCGUAAAAAUAUCCCAAUCAGCAUGAAACGAAUUCCGGCUAACGUUUGGUAUGUCAGCGGUAAUGAAGUGCGUUACAACUCGACGUUACUUCAAAAGUCGCUUGCUUCGUUGGAUUGGCUCCGAGUAGGAGAUCGCAUCGCUAUUGAGCUAACUGCCUCUCGAACGCUGAAGAUCCUUCUCAACUCGGAAGAUAUGAACAUCAACUUUCAAAAUGUAUCGGAGGAUAUCUUUGCAGUAGUCGAACUGCUCGGUUCUACCAUGGCUGCCCAGGUCACAUCGUCACAAGGUCCAUCAUCACCACUGCGACCGUGUAGCCUGCGAUUGCAGGACUCUCUAGAGCUGGGGUUGGAUCCUCUCAACAAACAGGAUUCCAUGCUGGAAUCCAUCGACUCCGACAGUUUGUCGUUCGAGUUUUCCGAAUGCCACGGCAAAAAUAUUCAACUUUUCGAUGAUAAGAAAUCUGCGGGUCGAGUUCAGUCCUACCAUCAGGGAGUUGUUUGUUUAUCCAAACCGCUCUGUAAAGGUCAUAGCGUGAGCAUUAAAGUUACACAAGUAAAUCCCAAGUGGAAAGGAACUAUAGCUGUAGGAGCUCUGGGGGUCUGUCCAGGAACUCAUCAAUUCCCAUUCCCAACAUCGGCAAUUCUGUUCCGAAGACCGUGUUGGAUUGCUACCCACGAUUACAUAAACAUCAACGGAAAUAAAACACAAUCGAAAUAUGCGGAGAUCUUCGAACAGGUUCAGCAGGGAACGAUCAUCACCCUGACGUUGACCCACGCAGGAAAUUUGGGCAUAACCUUCGGACAGACUCAACUGGAUGAUUUGGCCACGGGUUUACCACAUCACAUCUACCCGGUUUUCGACAUCUACGGGCGGUGCGAGAGGAUCUCCAUUGCUAACGGUGAUCCGAAGAGUGGCAGUCCCAUCAACGAGGAAUUGGCUACCAUGCCGUCCGGUUCCGGUGCUGCCGGCGUCUCAGCGGGUGCCUCGGCAACCGACGUCGAGAAUGUUCCCCAGUGCGAAAAGGCGGACCUGGAGGUGCACGAGAAGGAAACGGAUAUGGCGUGUGUGUCGAAUCCGGGUACUUCCGCGAUGAGUCGCUCCGUUAUGGAUAGCGUUUCGGAGAACCUACUGAUGAAUAUAUCCAUAAAAAAUCGCACAGCCAACGAGGCAAGGAAUCAAGACCUAUCAAACUCCUGCUGCCUGCGGGACUCCCUCCAGCUGCAGCACUCGACGAACCUGAACAUCCAACGCAGCCAGAGCACGCACCGUUUCAAUGCACUGCAGGGAAGCUUCGACAGCAACCGUGGCGGUGAGCUGUCCCAAUCGGUCAACUUUGACGAGGGAUUUGAAGAUUACCGGUCCACUGCGACCAGCGUCCAGCCACCCGGUAGCAGCUCUCAAGCCGGGAAUGGUACGCAGGAGAAUAACACCGAUCCAAACUAUCUGGAAGACGUCGAUAGCAACAUUGAUUUCAGCAUUCAACUGAACGAGUCGGAGGUGGAUGAGGACAGCAAUACGAUUGCGAACAAUCGUGCCAAGCUGGGGCUUCCGUUGCAGCCGACUUGCUCUACGGCUCCGGAACAUCAAAUACCUGUUGUAGGGUUAUCACAAUCAUCUACGGCACUGGCUGCUGCCGAAAGCCGGCGUACCGCUGCGGAUUUCACCGAAUUCACCAAUCAGGUUCGAUCUUCCCGAGCUAAUUCGGUUUCAUCCUCAUCGAUGCUUAGUGUGGUGGAGAAUAAGGACUGUGACUAUCUUAAGCUUGUGAUGGGAUUUAAACGAACUCUUAUGCUGCCAGAUGUUUUCUUUGCUGGAGAUGCUUUUAACUGUUUCUGCGAGGCAUGUGCACCUUCGCUACAGGGCUCAUUGCUGAAAGGUUGGGUCAGAUUCAAAAUCAACCAGCAAACGUUGAGCAGCUCAAGCGCCGCCAAUACUUCAGAUGAUUCCGUUUGGACUACCGCUUACUACAACGCAAGGGUGGAGAAGAUUCGAUCGGUGCUGGAUCAUGGUCAGCCAUUGCCAAUUGAAUCAUGCCAAUUCCUCCCGGAAGGUACAACCGUAGGAGAUAACUUUGUACCGGGAACUCACAUUCUACUACAGUCAUCGCCGGAUGCAGGUGAACAUUCCCAACGAUCAUCAUUCCAUCGAUAUAUGGCCAGCAGUAUUUGCUACCGCAUAUGUGCAACAUUCGAAGUACGAGUACGAUCUCAGGCACUAUCCAAUAUAGACUUUGGAGAAACAGCUAGCGCUAGUGAUACCGGCUCGACAGCGGUAGUAGCUACCGGACUGCGUCACUGGACCACCAAAGAAGCGGACGCAUGCGUGCUGACUGCCCUCAUGAUUCUACUUGCAUCUGCUUAAGUAAUGUUACUCUUUUCGCAACAUUAAUCUCUGUAGCAGUUGAUAGUUCCUAGUGGUGUUUUGGUCUCUGGUUGAGAUAGUUUAGAAAGGAUUCCAUCUUGAUUUAGCGUAAAGCAAUGACAAUGACUGAGUAGGAUAGUCAUAGAACAAAUGCUGGAGCAUUUCUCAACAUGUCCUGAAACAAACGAAUGUUGCAUAGUAUAGAGACUUAUUCCGAGAAGUAUCUAAGAUCAACAUGGAAAUUAAGCUUGAUGUUGCAUGACUCAAUAACCAGCGUUAUCAGCAAGAGCACUUUGAAAACUCAAACUAAUGUAGAAUGAAAUUUCGCGAUCUACGUUCGGGCCCGGCCGGCGUCGGUAUUGAUCAAUAAACACUUUGGGAUUACAAGGAGUUGCACAUUGAAAAAUGUUUCGCUAAUCCCACACAUAAUUAUCUACAGAUUCCCUAUGCAACUUCAGUUAGUCCAGAUCGAUAACGAAGUAGCAGCCAGGGGUGAUGUCGCACAAGCUCAAGCUCAAACAAAUGUAGAAUGGAAUGUCCCAAAAAAGAAAUCGAAAGUCAAUGACGUAUGUUAAUAUUGCUGCCGUUUUGCUACGUGUUUAUUUUUUUCUACUUUCCAUUUAAACGCCAUUUUCGUAAAGUCCGCGCUUCAUACAACUUUUCUGCAAUACAUUCGAUAGCAAAAUAUUAUCCGAAAGAAAAUAUUUUCCUAAGCCUGCUUUUACAGGUGACCCAUUACAUUCGUGCUAAUUUAUUGUUAGGCAAUACUACAAUGUUAUAAGAAAAUUUAAACUGAUGUAAUAAAAUACAGGAAGUAAUUGACACGCGCUUGAGUGAUCUCGAUAGGAUUCAUUUUGUCCACCGCUGAAAAUCCAAGCGAAUGCAACCAAAAAUGUCAUAUUCACUCAUUCUCUUCUUC